GGAAGAAUGAAGCAAAGCACCUUACAAGGUUUAUAUUUCGGCGUUAAAACUCGAAAAUACCCUCGCGCUACGUUCAAAUUUCCCAUUGCUACCACCGAACCCAAUGGCCUGAACUGAACCUCCGAACAACCAUGGACUCCUCCGUCGCCGGUACGCUGCCUCCGGCCAUGAGCCUCUCUGCCUCGGUCCUCUUCUUUCUCAACCACAACCUCAACACCGGCGAAGCUCUCAGCCAAGCUCCGAGCCUCGUCUCCGAGCUCCAAGCUCAGUGCGGCGAUUUGGAUCAAAACCUAAUUGACCUGAAUCGGAACCUCGGGGAGAUCCUCGUCGCCUACUCCUCGUUCUCCGAUCAAAUCCACGCUCUCUUCGCUGACAUCAAUGCGCAAUUGAUCGGUCUCCUAUCGUCCACUUCCUCUCCUAGUUCUGCCUCUGCAGAUGGGGAAGGAGGAGAGGGAAAGGGGAGAACAGAGCAGAUAUUGGGGGAGGAGCUGCCGGCAUUGGCGAAGGAAGUGGCGAGAGUCGAGGCGGUUCGGAUUUACGCCGAGACAGCGUUGAAGCUUGAUAGUUUGAUUGGUGAUAUUGAAGAUGCAGUAUCUUCAACCAUGACAAAAAACUUAAAGAAGUAUUACUCAACACAGAAUUCAGAAGAUACUCGUCUGCAUGCUAUUAGAACCCUGAAACAGACAGAAGACAUUCUAACAUCAAUUACAAAAACACACCCCCAAUGGGGACGGCUUAUGUCAGCAGUUGAUCACAGAGUAGAUCGAGCUUUGGCCAUCUUAAGACCACAGGCUAUAGCAGAUCAUCGAGCACUUCUUGUUUCUCUAGGGUGGCCACCGCCACUAUCAUCUACGAGUUCUGCAGUUUCAAAUUCCACCAAAUUCGUCAAUCCUCUUUUCACAAUGCAAGGUGACCUCAAAGACCUGUACUGUGAAAACUUUUUUGCUCUGUGCAACCUACAGGAGCUGCAGAGACGGAGAAAAUCUCGGCAACUUGAAGGCUAUAGCAGGGAAGUUGCUCUGCACCAGCCACUUUGGGUGAUUGAAGAGCUGGUAAAUCCUAUAUCAUUGGCAUCCCAACGCCAUUUCUCGAAGUGGGUUGAGAAGCCAGAAUUCAUUUUUGCUCUUGUCUAUAAAAUUACAAGAGACUAUGUAGACUCUAUGGAUGAACUAUUACAACCAUUGGUUGAUGAAGCAAUGUUAUCUGGAUAUAGUUGCAGAGAGGAAUGGAUAUCAGCAAUGGUAUCCUCCUUAUCAACAUAUUUGGCAAAAGAAAUUUUUCCGAAGUAUGUUGCUCAACUAGAGGAAGAAAAUAACAUGGACACUCAAUCACAGGCCAGAAUAUCCUGGCUUAAUCUUAUUGACUUGAUGAUAUCAUUUGACAAACAGAUUAAGUCUCUGUUAGAGCAUUCUGGAAUCUUUCUUUCCUUUGAGGAUGAUGGAAACCUUCAAAAGAUUUCCUCUCUAUCUGUUUUCUGUGAUCGGCCUGACUGGCUUGAGGUAUGGGCUGAGAUUGAGCUCCGAGACAUACUAGACAAGUUAAAAACCGAGUGUAAUGUUGAGAAAAAUUGGACAAUGAAGGUUAAGGGAGCAAUCCUUUCCUCUAAUCCCGAAGACUAUAAAGCACCUGCAAUUUCUAGUGCCUUUCUUCGGCGUCUUUCAUCUGUAAUUGAUCGUUGUCGGUCACUGCCGACGUUAUCUCUGAGGUCGAAGUUUCUCAGAUCUGCUGGUGCACCUAUAAUACAAAACUUCUUGGAAUGCUUGCUUCUCAGGUGCCAAGAAGCUGAAGGCCUAACUGCCUUGACAGAUGAUGAUGCCCUAAUCAAAGUUGCAAACUCUAUUAAUGCUGCUCGCAAUUUUGAAUCUGUACUAAUGGAAUGGUGCGAGGACGUCUUCUUUCUUGAACUGGGAUCAGUCCAGGGUGAUCAAUCGGAAGUAUCUAUUAGUGCGAACAAAGGUGGUGGACUGAUAGAAGAUAUUGAGAGUAGUGUGUUAGAUAAGGAGAUUGGAAAGUUGGAGGGAUUUAGAAUAGAGUGGGUUGAAAAAUUAUCUGUUGUAACUUUGAGGGGGUUCGAUGCUCUAUGUCGAGACUAUAUAAAGAACAAAAGGCAGUGGCAGGAAAAGAGUGAAGAAGGUUGGACAGUGUCGAAGUCUUUAGUUGGUGCCCUUGAUUAUCUGCAAGGAAAAAUGUCAGUGUUAGAAGUCAAUUUGAACGGGAAAGACUUUAUUGGGGUGUGGAGAAGUUUGGCUGCGGGGAUAGAUCGAUUAGUUUUCAAUGGCAUUCUUUUGAGUAAUGUGAAGUUUCGUGAUGGCGGAAUUGAGAGGUUUGCUAAUGAUUUGGAGGUUUUGUUUGGGGUAUUUAGAGCUUGGUGUUUGAGGCCCGAAGGCUUCUUUCCAAAAUCAAGUGAGGGCUUGAAGCUGUUGAAGAUGUCAGAAAAGCAACUUAAAGAUGUUUCGGCUGGAACGGAGAAAUGGAUGAAGGAAAAUGGCUUUAGACAUUUGAGUGUGGUUGAAGUAGAUAGAAUCGUGAAGAGUAUAGUUUUCUGAGUAAAUAUUUCCUUGUCUUCAUAUUCCUAAAGAGGUGCUUUGGCUGUGGAAAUCGGUGAGAUUUUGUCGGAUUUAUCGGUAUCAUGUUGAGAUCUUUGUGUUGUACAUGACUUAGGACUCCUGGAACGACCCAUUUAAUUGUCAUAAUUAUACAAUAAUGGAAAGAAAAAGGUACACGUUAGGCAUUUUCCUUCUACUUUUGAGAAAGCUCAUUCCAUUAAUUGCUUGUUAUCAAAUUUAUUGAGGAUCAUUUUCUCAUUUGCAACGCAUUUUGAACUGUUGUU